AUGGAGAAGGUGCAGCAUGCAGCAGGCGGCGUGCCGCCGAGCGCUCGGCCCGCUUCUGGGCAGCUGUCACACAAGCGUCGCGUCGUUAGCUUGGGUAGCGCCAUUCUGGCCAUGACAUGGCUUGCUUGCCUCUUUGUCUCUGAAAAUCCCUUGCCCUUCCUCCAGAGGACGACGUCUUCGGCCUUCGACAAGGCCCAGCGAUGCGCCAUCGACAACCUGCACAAGGACCUGUCGUUCCUGGAUCAGGCCAAGCCCAUCACGGCCGAGGAAUUCAUCGGCCGACGAGACCGCCUUGCAAAGGCUCUGGCAGCAUCCGAAGUAGAUGCUUUUGUCCUCGAGCCUGGCUAUACGUUUCAAUACUAUGGAAACAUCUCACAGACAGACUGGGAGCCCUGGGAGCCUGAGGAGCGACCCUUCCUCAUGCUUGUGCUGCCCGAGCAAUCUGAGAACGGCGAUAUCAGAGCCAAGACGGCCUUCCUGUCGCCACAUUUCGAAGAAGGUCGCGUCCGAAUGCUUGGUAUCCCCAGCCGCGACGACGAGCUUGACAUCGUCAUUUGGGAGGAGCAUUGGGACCCGUAUAACACGUUGCUCGAGUCCCGACUCUUCGCGGACUUCAACGGCUCCCCCAAGCUGAUGAUGGACGAGGAAAUCCGCGACUACAUCGUCCGAGGCCUGGACGGAGCGGGCUUCAAGACUGUAGGACUGAACCCUGCUGUGGAGCUUGUCCGUCAGACCAAAAGCCCCCCAGAGGUUGAGCUUUUGAGGGCCGUGAAUACAGGCACGGUCGAGGCUGUCAGGACCAUGAGGCCUUGUCUUGUGGCUGGUUUAACCGAAAAUCAAGUCACCGAUAUCCUCAACAAUGCGAUGCUAUCAAUUGGGUUCCAGCUGUUCUUCAACAUUGUGCUCUUCGAGGAACACGGAGCUCUGCCCCACGGCGGCUUUGUUACGGGCUGGCUCAAAUUAAAGCAUGAGAGCAUGGUGGUGAUUGAUGUCGGAGCUCAUUAUCUUGGUUACUCCUCAGAUAUCUGCAGGAGCUUUUUCAUAGACCCGCCUACGCGACAGCACACGUUUCUUGGCCGAUUCCUGGCAAGCAUGAGGCGGCUCUUGGGAGGUCAAAGCGGCCAGGGCGAGGAGGCAGCUCCAUCAAUUCCAGAGCUCCAUGCCGAGAAACUGAGAGUCUGGGAAAUCGUACUCGAGGCACAGACGGCCGCAGCGGAAGCGUUCAAGCCCAACGCGACGGCCGCAAGCAUCGAUAUCGCAGCUCGGACCGUAAUCGAAGACGCUGGAUAUGGAUAUGGAUUCACACACCGGCUGGCUCACGAAUCACCGUACCUGAACAAGUGGAACACGGGGAUCCGCCUUCAAGCCGGGAUGACAUUUACAAACGAACCAGGUAUCUAUCUCGAGAAUCGAUUUGGCGUGCGUCAUGAAGACAUCUACCUGGUCACAGAGGCGGGAGAGGCCGAGCUGCUUUCCGGGAGACGCGCACGCGGUCCCUACGACCCAUAG